UGUCAACAUUGGAGGUUAAGAUAUACUGAAUAUAGGUUAGGAGGGAUUUUUAAAGUAAAGUUUUGUUGAUUUUGAAAUCAUACGAGACACUAACUUGAGAUUUCAUAUCAAUUGAAUACACUAUGGAAGAAAAUAUAGACUCGAUACCCAGUGGAUCUGCCAAUUCAAAAUUACCAGAAGAAAAUUCUGAAGAGCCAUUUAUAAUACCCUAUAAUAUUUCUGAUUUGAAAGGAUAUCAUCCAAAAUCUGGUAUAGUGGAAGAAGUUAUUCAUCCAACAAAAAAAUUGAAAUUAUGUCCUCUCUUAAAUCCAAAAUUAGAUGUCAAGGAAUACAAAGCUCAAUUAAUACAUUCAUGGAAGAGACGACUUUCUUUAAUGUCAAAUGAUGUUGAGAUUUUAAAGGAUCCAUUCCAAGUUUGCGUUAUCAAUAAUUUGUUGGAUAAUACAGAGUUCGUUGAUGGUAUUCGACAUGAUUUUGAUGAAGUGGAGUGGGCCAAACGGAAAAUCGAUUUAUAUGAAUUCUUUCAAUCGAAAGACCUGAAGCAUUUGGAUCAUACCUACAUCAAGGAAUUUUAUGCAUUUUUAAAAGAAGUUGUCAUGCCUUGGGUAGCAGAAUUAACUGGCUUUGAAUUAAUAAAUAUAUCAGCAACCUGCAGUUGUUACACCAACACAGAUUUCCUCUUAGUUCAUGAUGAUCAAAAUGAGGAUAGAAUGGUUGCAUUUGUUUAUUAUAUGACGGGUCCUAAAGGUUGGGAUUCCAGUAAAGGAGGUAGCUUAGAUCUCCUUUCUAAAGAUGCAAAAGGGCUUCCAGAUAAAAUUGUUAAGAAUAUUUUACCCAAAAAUAAUCAACUAGUAUUCUUUCCAGUAACAAAUGAUUCUUAUCAUCAGGUGGCUGAAGUGACUGCACUAGAAGAUACUCGUCUAACUAUAAACGGCUGGUUUCAUGUAAGAACUCCACCUGAAUUUCAAUCUCCUCAUUUUGAAUAUCCUGUAAGUAGUCUGCUUGGAAAAACUGAACUGAAACCUAUAGAAAAAGACUUACUUCUUGAGUCUUGGGUUAGAGAGAGCUAUUUGAACAAUGAAGACGGUACACUUGAGGAUAUUCAAAAAUACAUUGAAGAGAAUAGCGAAAUUUCUCUUACAGACUUUUUCAGGAAAGAAGCACUGGAUGAGGUUGAGCAAUGUUUGGAAAUGGUUGAAGAGAAUGGUGGAAAAUGGACAAGGAUCGCCCCACCUAAUAGACAUUUAUAUGAAGUACUGAGCACUGAUGAUCCUUUGCCUCAUUCAUUGAAAAGGUUCUUAGAUUUCUUUCAAUCUAAACAGUUCUUCGAUUAUUUGAAAAUCAUAACAUGUUUGGAUUUUACUUCCAUGAAGUUUGAAUUCCAAAGAUGGACUCCAGGUAGCUAUUGCUUACUAUCAGAUUACGACUGGAAUAAAAAAGAAUUAGAUGUAAUUCUGUAUAUUACAUCGGGAGAAGUGGAAGAUAUAAUUGGUGGAAGAAUACAGUACUUGAAUAUGGAUGAAGAAAUACAAGAAGCCCUCAUCACAAUAGAGCCUUCUAAAAAUACACUAGACUUGGUGUACAGAGAUACGUCUAGAUUUACUUCUUACUUCAGUAAACAAAGUAGGUGUAAAAAAUUUUAUUUAUUGAUGUGUACAUAUUCAGAAUAAAGUUGUUAAAAUAA